GUUCCUUGAUUCAGAUGCUCGUCGGCAUUUGGCGCGUGCAGUUGACUCGGCAAAAACACUCUCGAAACCCGACCAAAGGCCAAAAAUAUCUAAAAUAGAACUUCCGUAGAUUGGAACGCGUACCGCGAUAUGUGAGGAGUGUCGCACUUGCGCAGUCUACAAGAACCACAAAACCUAGAAGCACAGCUGCCCGAUAAGAGGCUCAAGAACUUCCGCUCUUCGUCCACGUUUUAUCGCUUGAAGCUUGUGUUGUUUUCCGUUUUUUUUUUCGGUGCUUCCUCUGUGAAUCUGCGACAUAGCCAUGUGGUGGCGAGGAGUGCUCCUGUUCCACCUGUUCCUGCUGGCGGGCUGGUCAGAGGCCGCCUACUGUCCGACGGGAUGCAACUGCUACGAGCGCACCGUGCGCUGCAUUCGCGCGAAGCGCACGACCACUCCGCAAGUGCCCUACGACACCCAAGUUCUAGAUUUGCGUUUCAAUCACUUCGAGGAGGUGCCGGCAGACGCUUUCCGCGGCAUGGGGCAACUGUCGACGCUGUUCCUGAACGAGAAUGAGCUGGCCCACCUGCAGGAUGGGGCCUUCCAGGGGCUGCUCGCCCUGAGGUUCCUCUAUCUGAACAAUAAUCGGCUAAGCCGCUUACCGGCGGCCAUCUUCCAGGGAUUGCCGCGCGUGGAGGCGAUAUAUCUGGAGAACAAUGACAUUUUCCAGCUGCCUGCCGGAGUUUUUGACAAUUUGCCACGUCUGAAUCGCCUCUUCCUUUACAAUAACAAGCUCACCCAACUGCCGGUGGAGGGAUUCAACAAACUGAACAGCCUGAAGCGUCUGCGAUUGGAUGGGAAUGCCAUCGACUGCAACUGCGGUGUGUACUCCUUAUGGAGACGCUGGCAUCUGGAUGCCCAGCGUCAGCUGGUGACCAUCUCCUUGACCUGUGCCGAGCCGCAAGCCCUGCAGCGCCAGAGCUUCGCCAGCCUCCAGGAGCAGCACUUCAAGUGUGCCAAGCCCAAUCUCCUGGUGGCCCCACAGGACUUGCAGACCUUCGCCGGGGAGUCCGUUCAACUCGACUGCGAGGUCACGGGUCUGCCCAAGCCCCAGAUCACGUGGAUGCACAACACGAACGAGGUCGGCGAGGAUCAGGUCAACCGGGAAAUCCUGCUAAGCGGCAGCCUGCUCAUCCGCAGCGUGGCAACCACUGACAUGGGCAUCUAUCAGUGCCUGGCCCGCAACGAGAUGGGGGAGGUACGCUCCCAGCCCAUCCGCCUCGUUGUCAGCAGCAGCAGCAGCAGCAGCAACCGGAACCCACUGGACAACCCCCACAUCGACCCUAGCAGCAAUCAGGUAUGGGCGGAUGCGGAUGCAGGAGGUGCAACACCCACGCCACCGAGCUUCACCCACCAGCCGCAUGACCAAAUUGUGGCCCUUCAUGGCGCGGGACACGUGCUCCUCGAUUGCGCCGCCUCCGGCUGGCCACAGCCGGACAUACAAUGGUUCGUCAAUGGUCGCCAGCUCGCCCAGUCCACCGCCAGCCUCCAGCUGCAGGCCAACGGCAGCCUGCUCCUCCUGCAGCCCACCCAGCUGACAGCCGGCACGUAUCGGUGCGAGGCGAGCAAUCGCCUGGGCACUGUCCAGGCCACCGCCCGCGUGGAGGUGAAGGAUUUGCCCGAAAUUUUAAUGGCACCCCAAAACCAAACAAUCAAACUGGGCAAAGCCUUUGUGCUGGAAUGCGAUGCCGAUGGCAAUCCACUGCCCACCAUCGACUGGCAGUUCAAUGGAUCCCCGCUCGCCAGCACCCCGUCCGGAGACCUGCUGCUGGAGAACGAGAACACAGAGCUGGUGGUUAGUGCUGCCCGCCAGGACCAUGCUGGUGUCUACCGGUGCACGGCGCGCAACGAGAAUGGCGAGACGAGUGCCGAGGCAACGAUUAAAGUGGAACGCUCCCAGUCCCCGCCUCGGGUGGCCAUCGAACCGAGCAAUUUGGUGGCCAUUACGGGCACCACCAUUGAGCUGCCCUGCCAGGCCGAGCAGCCGGAGGUGGGACUGCAGAUUUCGUGGCGCCGUGAUGGUCGCCUCAUCGAUCCCAAUGUCCAGCUCACGGAAAAGUAUCAAAUAAGCGGCGCCGGCAGUCUGUUCGUGAAGAAUGUGACCAUCCUCGAUGGCGGUCGCUACGAGUGCCAGCUGAAGAACGAAUUCGGAAGGGCCUCCGCCUCGGCGCUGGUUACCAUCAGAAACAAUGUGGAUCUGGCACCGGGAGAUCGUUACGUGCGCAUUGCCUUCGCGGAGGCGGCCAAGGAGAUUGAUCUGGCCAUCAACAACACCCUGGACACCCUCUUCUCGAACCGCUCGUCCACGGGGCCACCGAACUAUGGGGAGCUGCUGCGGGUGUUCCGCUUCCCCACGGGCGAGGCAAGGCAGCUGGCGCGUGCCGCCGAGAUAUACGAGCGGACCCUGGUCAACAUCCGAAAGCACGUGCAGCGGGGAGACAACCUGAGCAUGAGCAGCGAGGAGUACGAGUUCAGGGACCUGCUCUCCAGGGAGCAUCUGCAUCUGGUGGCGGAGCUGUCGGGCUGCAUGGAGCACCGGGAGAUGCCGAACUGCACGGACAUGUGCUACCACUCGCGCUAUCGCAGCAUCGACGGCACGUGCAACAAUCUGAUGCAUCCCACAUGGGGAGCCUCCCUUACGGCCUUCCGCCGCCUGGCGCCGCCUAUCUACGAGAACGGGUUCAGCAUGCCCGUGGGCUGGACAAAGGGCCAGCUGUAUGCCGGCCAUCCGAAGCCCAGUGCCAGGCUGGUGUCCACCUCGGUGGUGGCCACCAAGGAGAUAACCCCGGACAGCCGGAUCACACACAUGGUGAUGCAGUGGGGCCAGUUCCUGGACCACGAUCUGGACCACGCCAUACCCUCGGUGAGCUCGGAGAGCUGGGACGGCAUCGACUGCAAGAAGAGCUGCGAGAUGGCCCCGCCCUGCUACCCCAUCGAAGUGCCGCCGAAUGACCCGCGUGUGAGGAACCGCCGCUGCAUCGAUGUGGUGCGCUCCAGCGCCAUCUGCGGCUCGGGCAUGACCUCGCUCUUCUUUGACAGCGUCCAGCACCGCGAGCAGAUCAACCAGCUGACAUCCUACAUCGAUGCCUCGCAGGUGUACGGCUACAGCACGCCCUUCGCCCAGGAGCUACGCAAUCUGACCGCCGACGAGGGUCUGCUCCGCGUGGGCGUCCACUUCCCCAAGCAGAAGGACAUGCUGCCCUUUGCGGCCCCGCAGGACGGCAUGGACUGCCGCCGCAAUCUCGACGAGAACACCAUGAGCUGCUUUGUGUCCGGGGACAUACGGGUUAACGAGCAGGUCGGCCUCCUGGCCAUGCACACCAUCUGGAUGCGAGAGCACAAUCGGCUGGCCACCAAGCUGCGCGAGAUCAAUCCCCAUUGGGACGGCGAUACGCUGUACCAGGAGGCCCGCAAGAUCGUCGGCGCCCAGAUGCAGCAUAUCACCUUCAAGCAGUGGCUGCCCCUGAUCAUCGGCGAGAGUGGCAUGCAGCUGCUCGGAGAGUACAAGGGCUACAAUCCGCAGCUGAAUCCGAGCAUUGCCAAUGAGUUUGCCACAGCUGCCCUGCGCUUCGGCCACACCAUCAUCAAUCCCAUCCUGCACCGUCUGAACGAGACCUUCCAGCCCAUUCCGCAGGGCCAUCUGCUACUCCACAAGGCCUUCUUUGCCCCCUGGCGCCUGGCCUACGAGGGCGGAGUGGAUCCCCUGCUGAGAGGCAUGCUGGCGGUGCCCGCGAAGCUGAAGACCCCCGACCAGAACCUCAACACGGAGCUCACGGAGAAGCUGUUCCAGGCGACGCAUGCGGUGGCCCUGGACCUGGCCGCCAUCAACAUUCAGCGGGGCCGUGAUCACGGCAUUCCCGGCUACAAUGUCUACAGGAAGUUCUGCAACCUCAGCGUGGCCGAGGACUUUGAGGAUCUCUCGGACAUCAGCAACGCGGGAAUUCGGCAGAAGAUGAAGGAGCUGUAUGGUCAUCCGGACAACGUGGACGUUUGGUUGGGCGGCAUUCUGGAGGAUCAGGUGGAGGGCGGCAAGGUGGGUCCGCUGUUCCAGUGUCUGCUCGUCGAGCAGUUCCGUCGCCUGCGCGACGGCGAUCGCUUGUACUACGAGAAUCCGGGCGUGUUCCUGCCCGAGCAACUCGUCCAGAUCAAGCAGGCCAACUUCGGACGCGUCCUGUGCGAUGUGGGUGACAAUUUCGACCAGGUCACCGAGAAUGUGUUCAUCCUGGCCAAGCAUCAGGGCGGCUACAAGAAGUGCGAGGACAUUCCCGGCAUCAACCUCUAUCUGUGGCAGGACUGCGGCAACUGCAACAGCAUGCCCACCAUCUUUGACUCCUACAUUCCACAGACGUACACCAAGAGGAGCAGUCGCCAGAAGAGAGACCUCCGACAGCCCAAGGAGAAGGAGCAGGAGGAGGUCCCAGCCACCGAGAGUUACGACAGUCCCUUGGAAGCCCUCUACGAUGUGAACGAGGAGCGCGUUAGUGGCCUGGAGGAGCUGAUUGGAAGCUUCCAGAAGGAGCUAAAGAAACUGCACAAGAAGCUGCGCAAGCUCGAGGACUCCUGCAAUGCCGUAGAUGCCGAGCCAGUGGCUCAGGUGGUGCAGCUCGCACCAGCACCGGCCCCCGUUGCCCCGAAGCCCAGGCGCAGUCACUGCGUGGAUGACAAGGGAACAACGCGGCUAAACAACGAGGUCUGGUCUCCGGACGUGUGCACCAAGUGCAACUGCUUCCACGGCCAGGUAAACUGUUUGCGGGAGAAGUGUGGCGAGGUGAGCUGCCCGCCCGGAAUCGAUCCUCUGACGCCGCCAGAGGCCUGCUGCCCGCACUGCCCGAUGCUCAAAGGAGAGCUGCCGUAGAAUAUGCAUAUCCGUACAGACGUACCGUACACGUUUAUCCGUAGUAGCCACAAUACAAUCUACAAUCUACAAUAUAAAGUCUACACUCUAACCAAACAUCGCGCACAGAGCAAACGAGCAAAUUUAAUUGAAUAAUUGAAAACAAAUUAACUAACAAAUGAAAUGUACUGUACUGCUACACAUGUAAUAAAAUAAAGCACAUUAAUAUCCCAA